AUAGCUCAGGUUAGAUAUAUUUAAGAACGCGGACAAAAAUAGCGUUAUUUUUAACAAGAGGUCUGUUGCGAAGAUUGACAAAAGUGGGGCGCCAUAUUGCUUGCUUGUGUUUAGUGUUUGUCGUUGUGCCGCGUGGUCUAACGUAUAAUUUAUAAUAAAUUAAUCAUGUCGGAUAAUCAGGAACAAAAACCAGACGCCGGUCCAGGUGAUGCGAAUUCAGAAUACAUCAAACUCAAAGUUGUCGGAAAUGACAGUAACGAAAUUCACUUCAGGGUAAAAAUGACUACUCAAAUGGGCAAGUUAAAAAAAUCUUACAGUGACAGAGUUGGAGUUCCGAUGACAUCGCUCAGGUUUUUGUUUGAUGGAAAACGAAUCAACGAUGAUGAGACACCAAAACAGCUCGAGAUGGAGAACGAUGAUGUUAUCGAAGUAUAUCAAGAGCAAACUGGUGGUCACUUUUAAAGUUUCUAUCAGCAUCGAGUUAGAGGUGAACCAAGAGCAUUAGCAUUUUGGUUUUUCUCAAUAUUUUUUAAAGUGAAAGUGAUGUAUUGUUAGAUUGAUAAAUGGACAAAGGCUAUCAAUAUCAUUAUACCGAAUGUAUUUUUCCAAGCUAAAAUUCUUUAUUCAAUUAUUUUUCUUUGCCAUUUACAUUUACUUGUUUGUUUUCUUUUGAGGAACUGUGAAGCAUUCUUACAUUCCUAAGAUUAAAACUUAAUAAAAGGUAUAAAUCCUUUAGAUAAACUUUCAGUUCAUUAACGUUUAUUUAUAAUCAAAAUUUUUAUUAUUAAUCCUAGUAUUGAUGAAAACGUUAACACUUUAAUAAUGCAUAAUUUAUUUUACUUUAUGAAAAUUAAUAAGCCGCUGAAUAUUUUGUUCGAUGAAUAAUUUGAAUUUCCCAACUUUUAUUGUAUAAUUUUUUUAGAAGCCACAAGAAAACAACAACUAAGAAAAAUACCAUUAAGUGUCGUAUUAUAUAUUUUCCACAUUUUUUUUUUUUUUUUUAAGUACACUUAGGUUUUUGUACGAAAAAUUAUUUGAAUAUUUUGUUUUGAGCCAAAAUAUCUUAUUUAUAAAACAAAUCUUCGAUCUUAAUGAUUUAUAUUCUUCUUUUGAACUUUUAGAUUUAAAACUAAAAUUAAUAAGCAUUAAUAAACAAAAGUUACAAUUAAUAAUAGAUUUAAUUACUGAGUAUGAAAGAAUAAUGUUUAGUCAUAUACGAUUGAUUGUAUUCCAAAUUAAACUUAAGUUAUCCAAGUUGAUGUGUAUCAUCAGAAUCAAUAAAAUAAAAUUACUUUAAAAAUUAA